GGCCAGGAGAGAGAGGCCAUUGGUCGUCCCCUGAGCAGGGGCGGGACAUAGCCGUCGGAACGCGCGCCAGGACCAAGGUCUCCUGGAGAGCCGAGCGGCCCCGCCGAGAGCCGACUGGAACCAGGCAACCCGAGUGCGACCCGAGCCGUGCAGGCUGGCCGGAAGCGGAGCCGAGCGCGGCCGGAAGGAGCCGAGCGCGCCCAAAGGGCCUGAGCGGCGACGGGGCGUUGGCCCGGCCGCGCAGGAGCCAUGGCGGCCGAGGGGACCGAUGUGGUCGGAGGCGGGCCUCUCGGAGGCUGCCUGACCAAGGACAGCUUGCUGCAGGCUAAGUGCCCCGACGCGGCCCCGAGCCGGCGGCGUGGCUCGGCGCGCUCACGAGACGCCGAGCGCCGCGCCUACCAGUGGUGCCGAGAGUACUUGGGCGGGGCCUGGCGCCAGGCGCGGCCGGAGGAGCUGAGGGUUGACCCAGUAAGCGGAGGCCUCAGCAACCUGCUCUUCCGCUGCUCGCUGCCCGACCACCUGCCCAGCGUUGGCGAGGAGCCCCGGGAGGUGCUGCUGCGGCUGUACGGGGCCAUCCUGCAGGGAGUGGACUCCUUGGUCCUUGAAAGUGUGAUGUUCGCCAUACUUGCAGAGCGGUCGCUGGGGCCCCAGCUCUACGGAGUCUUUCCAGAGGGCCGGCUGGAACAGUACAUCCCAAGCCGGCCACUGAAGACACAUGAGCUUCGAGAUCCAGUGUUGUCUGCAGCCAUUGCCACGAAGAUGGCCAAGUUCCACGGCAUGGAGAUGCCUUUCACUAAGGAGCCCCACUGGCUAUUCGGGACCAUGGAGCGGUACUUAAAGCAGAUCCAGGACCUGCCCCCUACCGGCUUUCCCCAGAUGAACCUGCUGGAGAUAUACAGCUUGAAGGAUGAGAUGGACAACCUCAGGAAGCUGCUAGACACUACCCCGUCACCAGUGGUGUUUUGCCACAAUGAUAUCCAAGAAGGGAACAUCUUACUGCUCUCAGAGCCUAAAAACACCGACAGCCUCAUGCUGGUGGACUUCGAGUACAGCAGUUACAACUACAGGGGCUUUGACAUUGGGAACCAUUUUUGUGAGUGGGUUUACGAUUAUACUCACGAGGAGUGGCCUUUCUACAAAGCGCAGCCUGCAAACUACCCCACUGAGGGACAGCAGCUCCAUUUUAUUCGCCACUACCUGGCGGAGGUAAAGAAAGGUGAGGCCGUCUCCCAGGAGGAGCAGAGGGAACUGGAAGCAGACUUGCUGGUGGAAGCUAAUUGGUAUGCCUUGGCAUCUCAUUUCUUUUGGGGUCUCUGGUCCAUCCUUCAGGCAUCCAUGUCCACUAUAGAAUUUGGUUACUUGGAGUAUGCGCAGUCUCGGUUCCAGUUCUACUUCCAGCAGAAGGGCCAGAUGACCAGCUUCCACCCCUCGUCCUGACUCCACCUCCGACUCCUUGCAUUUCUCCUGGAGCCUCCAGGGCAGGACCUUGGCGGGAGGGGCACAGGGGAGGCCCUGGGGAUUGGGCUGAGCCCCACUGAGACUGGGGUUAAGGAGGCUAACCUCGCCCGGACCCCAGGUUCAAGCAGGUUCCCGCCGCAGGCAAGUGGGCAGAAGCCCUGGCGUAUGUACCAUAAGACAAUAAACUCGCUGCAUCCCUCA